UCAUCCCUUUUCAGAAAAACAGACGCCCCUGCACUUGGCAGUGUUAUACAAAAGCGUGGAGAGCGCUCGCGUUCUACUAGAAAGCGGGGUGGAUUGCGGGACGCGGGACGCUGCGGGACGCACGCCCCUGCACCUGGCCGCGUUAGACGACUAUCUGCCCGUCACUGGGCUGCUGUUGGGACACAUGCACCCGGACCAAGUGAAUGCAGUGGACGACCGAGGGUAUACUGCUCUGCAAAUACUCUGCGAUAAGAACACCACUAAUGUUACUAUUGAGAUGGUUAAACUAUUGCUGGAAAACAAGGCUGACCCGGUACAGCACCAGAAGCAUAAUUUGUCAGCCUGGCAGCUGGCGAAGACGAAGCCUCCGCUCAGAGACUUGCUCCAGAAAUAUGUAGCAGCUGACCAAGACGAAUGCGAUUCAGAGGAUGAAUUCAAAUCGGCUGAUGAGGGAGACUCGGCCGAUCAAGCUGAAGAUUCACCAUAAACAACAAGUUUUUAAAUGCAUUUGGGAAUAGUGAAGAAACAUUUAUUAAAUAUUUCUGUUUGAGCAAAGCCAUCCAGAAAACCUAUUGUGCCCUCAAGGGCAAACUAAAAAACUUGAUAGGCAUCAAUGCCUUUCAAGUUUUUUUUGUUAAUCCUAAAUUUUUCUUCAAUUAUUUUUUGAUGCAUUGAUUGAGAAUAUGAAGUACCUAAGUGCAAGUUACACUUGUAUAAUUUAAAAAUCAUCACACGAUUUGACGUUGUUCAUAUUAAUUUAAGUGGUAAUAUUCUGAAACAGUAGAAUUUAUGUAUAAGAUCGUAUUUUGUUUUGCUUGUGCAAUAAGUUUUUUUAUUACUAAUAUUGUAUUAUAUUAAUGUCGAUGUAUUUUUAAUCAUUUUAUUAUAUUUUAGUCUUAAAAGUGAAACAUUAUAGUAAUACUUAUUUUACAAUUUACUAUGCAUUUAGAUGGUAAGAUUUAUUUUGGAGUCCUAAUAGUGUGUAAUGCAUAUUGAAAAUGAAAUGCGCACUUUUAGAGCUUUACGAACUUGUUUAGGUAUGGACAUCAUCAUCAAUAAUGGACUUUUUAUAAACGAACUAAAUUAAUGUUAAAAUGAAUUAGUUAUUCUUCUAUUGGAAACUAAACCAAAAAAAAGUUACUGUGAUAUUAAAAAAAAAAAACGUUAUCGCAUUUAGGUAUUUUAACGUUGGCAUAUUAUUAUUCAUCACAGUUAUAAUAAUUAUUGUGGAUUUCAAAAUAUUGUUCUAUCGUUUCAAAGUAGUGUUUAAUUGUUAUUCAGCUUUGAAAUUGCGUAGCUACUACAUACAUAUUUAAUUAAACUUAUGCAUACGUAUAUUUGUUAGCUUUACUUACAAAUGUGAAUGAAACUUAUUUUAAAAUAUAUUUUUGCUAAACUUU